CAGGGUUUCCAACGUGGAAAUGCAGAAGAAGAAGAAGAAGAAGAAAAAGGGAAAAACGCAAGAAAAAUAGAGGAAGAUCGAUCGAGAUCUCCCUCGCGUUUGUCUCAGUUGAAGAAAUUGAAAAGCAGAACUAGAGUAACUCAACGGUCUCAGAAUUUUCAGGGUUUUCAGUACUUCCAUAUUUUUUCUUCCGGAUUUGAGUUGGAAGAAGAUCGAAGAGGUUUCUAGUUGCUUCAAUUGUUCCUCUGGGUGGUGGAGACUUGUUAUAUUUUUAAAAUAUUGACAAUUCGAAAUGCCAAAGGAGAGAAGGGAUAGAUCUUUGUCACAUGAAAGUAGCAGAGCAUCACCUUACCCAAGUAGCUCUAGUUGUGUUGGAAGAUCUGCUCUUAAAGAGUCAGAGGAGAAUGUUAAAGAAUGGGAAGAAGCUAGGUGUCCAGUGUGCAUGGAACACCCUCACAAUGCAGUUCUCCUCAUAUGUUCAUCCCAUGAGAAGGGAUGCCGCCCUUACAUGUGCAACACUAGUUAUCGCCACUCAAAUUGUCUUGAUCAGUUCUGCAAGUCAUUUGCAGACACCUCAUCAACCAUUCCUCAAGUAGAAAGUCAAAUUUCAGACACGGUUGAAAGUAGAAUUGAUGUGCCAGAAGACAGAAAUGAGGGGACUGUCCGAAGUAGAAUUGAUGUGCCGGAAGACAGAAAUGAGGGGACUGUCCAAAGUAGAAUUGAUGCGCCGGAAGACAGAAGUGAGGAUUUGGUUACAAUGCAAACCUUAUCCUGUGAGAAUGAUGCAAAAUCAAAGUUAGUAUGCCCUCUAUGCAGAGGGCAAAUAAAAGAGUGGAAAGUAGUGGAGGCGGCUCGUCAUUUCAUGAAUGAAAAAUCAAGGAGCUGUUCUUGUGAGACUUGCAACUUCAGUGGCACAUACCCAGAUCUUAGGAAGCAUGCAAGACUUGAACAUCCUCUUGAGCGCCCAUCUGCGGUAGACCCAGAGCGUCAGCGUAGCUGGAGGAGGUUGGAGCGCCAGAGGGAUCUUGGCGACCUCCUUAGCACACUUCAAACUUCAUUUGGGGUUGAUGAUCCCAUAGAUGAUGGUGGUCUGCUGGCUGUGUUUUUCCUCAUUCUUCAGCCUGCUUCCAUGUCCAGGGGUACGACACUCCAAAUGCGAAUAAGGAGACCCACUACUACACUUUGGGGGGAAAAUUAUGACGGACAAUCUGGAUCUGAUGAUGCAAAUGAAUCUUCAGAUGGAGGCUCUGAUAGUAGACCUCGCCGUGUCCGGAGGCGGCGGACACCUCCACCAUGAUUUACAGAUGGGUCAAAUUUGAAUUAUCAUUGAUCCUGACUCGCUCUUCUUUCUCACCCUUCUACCUUUCCAGAUGCUCAUGAAUACAUGUCGGUUAUUAAUUGUUUAUCAGUAUAUUUGAUAUUUCUGCCAUCUUUCCCAAGAAUUCUGAACGAUUGAGCUUGAAAUAAAAUCUACUGUUGUGCCAGUUCUUUUCUUUA